AUGCGUGCCUGGCACCAGGGGUUCGGGAGUCGCUUUCACAAGCUUAACCUCUCACAGCCUAUGAAUCAGAUCGGUCUCGCCUCAAGUGGAUCGAGGGUGAACUCUGGGGCUCUGGAUCGACCUAUCGUGUUGCCUUCACCACCGGUCGCCUCCGCUGGCCUCGGUCGUUUUGCUGCUUUCGAACUCGUGCAGAUUGUUCCCACGGCUCAUCGCCGUCGGAGUUAUGUGGAACAACCAUGGUGUGAGCCUGUCUGCUCCAGAGUCUAA